CAAACAACUGGCCAACUAUAUCCCGGUGUGUCUCUGCUUCUUGAGUCUUGUAAAAAUAAAUAGAAUGAGGCCAGGACUUGUAUUCUCCUGUCUCUUCAUUCUGUUAUUUGAGCCGUCGAUGAGUAUUCCUAUGCCAUCUCCUUUCACGCGAUUCUUGGGUCAUGCUGAUCAAUGUAAUGCAUUACUCCAGUUUGCCAGUUCACUUGGAAUCACCACCAAUAUUGAUUCCAAGUAUUUCUGCAACAUAGAUGGCGCCAAUAUCACAUCUUAUCCGAAGACAGCCUCUUGGAGGAAAGGUAUCGACUGCUGCACGUGGGACGGGAUCACGUGUGACUAUGUAACUGGUGAAGUGAUCGUGGUCGACCUUACCUGUAGUUGUCUCCAUGGGGCCCUCCAGCCUAACAGCACCCUCUUCACACUUAGUAAUGUUCGGACCCUCUACCUUCGAGGUAAUGAUCUCACUGGAGAUAUCCCAUCUUCCAUUUGUCGGAUGCAUUCCCUGGAAAACCUAUCUUUAGCAGAUAACAAGCUUGGCGGUCUCAUACCGACAUGCUUGGGAAACCUUAGCAAAAUCUCGUACUUGAGCUUGAGUUUUAACCGAAUGCAAGGUUCAUUGCCCAAAUCCCUAGCUAACUGUACCAGGUUGGAAAUUCUUAGUCUUUUCUCGAAUGACAUAACCGAUUCUUUCCCACACUGGCUGAGAACAGUCCCGCUAGGGCUUCUGCAACUGGGUAAAAACAACUUCCAUGGUCUCGUCGGACCUGAUCCUUUGGCAUUUGACUUCCCUCAUCUCUACACCCUGGUCUUAAAGAUCAAUAAUUUCGCUGGCAGCUUGCCAUCCAACUAUUUUCUGCAAUCAAACUUGACAGAUAUUGACUUCUCAAGCAACAAAUUUGAAGGGGCUCUGCCCAUCAUACCACCCACAUUUGAACUGUUUUCUGUCUCAAGCAAUAGGUUCACCGGAGAGAUUCCUCUUCUGUUAUGCAAUUCCACAAAUCUUGCGAGCCUUGCGUUGUCAAACAAUAGCUUGACCGGCAGAAUACCUCAGUGCCUCGUGGAUGGGAGUGCCAGUUUAUUCGAGUUAGACCUAUCUAUGAAUUUCUUUCGAGGCCCAAUACCUGAAACAAUAUCAGCUCCAAACAACUGCAGCUUUACAACUAUCGACUUAUCACAAAAUCAUUUAGGAGGCAAAUUGCCAAGGUUCUUGGAAAACUGCAGUAAGCUGAAAACUUUAGAUCUCAGUAACAAUGAACUCCAGGAUUCAUUUCCCAGUUGGCUUGAAGCUCUCCCCAGCCUGUACAUUCUGGUUUUAAGGUCGAACAAGUUCCAUGGUCCAGUAAAUACUGGCGGAUCGCCUCAACCCUUUUCCCAGCUGCAAAUUUUUGACCUCUCCAAUAACAAUUUCCAGGGUGCUUUCCCAACCCAAUAUGUCGCUAGUUUCAAAGGCAUGACAGGUGGAGAUGAGAAACGAGGGAACAUUGUUGAUCGCAUACUGGACAACCAAAUCUUUUAUACUGCUAGUGUGAUUGGGAAAGGGGUUACGCUAGAGUUGCAUAAAAUUCAAAAAGCAUUCUUCGUCAUCGACUUAUCGUGUAACCAUUUUCAAGGGAAGAUAUGUGAUGCGAUCGGGGAUCUAAAAUUACUCACAGGCCUCAACUUCUCUCAGAACAACCUGACGGGCGCUAUCCCAUAUUCGUUUGGGAAUCUGACUAAUCUUGAAUGGCUAGACCUCUCGCUGAAUAAUCUCUCUGGAGAGAUCCCCGGAUCCUUAGCUGAUCUAACAUCACUGGCAUACUUAAAUCUCUCCAUGAACUGGCUCAUGGGACCCAUUCCUAAGGGCAAACAGUUCAACACAUUCAAGAGCGACUCCUUUGGGGGAAAUCCCGGGCUGUGUGGAUUUCCAUUGCCAAGAGAAUGCGGAGAGGAUGCAAACAAACUGCCACCAUCAACUCAUGCAGAAGAAGAAGAUACGGAGAAGGGAAGUUGGAUCGAAUGGCGGGCAGUACCAAUGGGUUAUGGAUGUGGGACUGCAUUUGGACUUUCAGCAGGAUAUAUCAUGCUUCAUUUCCGGAGACCACUAUGGCUCAUGAGGAUGAUGGAGAGAAGAAUAUACAAGCUGCAAAGGAGAGCUAGAAGAACUCGUGGAAGAAACUGUACGAGGGCUCAGCGUCGAUGAAUGAGUCAAAGCAACAAAUGGUCGGUAAAUUGCAAUAAGUGGAACGAAUAUAGGAGCUUCCAGAUCCUGACCAUGCCCCUCAGUUCAGGUGAUCCUGAAGAUCAUACUAACGAAGGAAUGGAGUGUCUCUAUGUGUUUUAUUAUAUAUACAUGUCAUUAGCAGUGUCUUGAUAGAAUAAAAAACACGAAACAAGGUGUUUGCUGUCACAGUUCGUCACAAGUUUAUGCUACAUAAAAAGUAUGUACUGUGUUGUUAACUCUGUUGGUGCCUUUUUUACAAAGGUUUGAUGAGUUUUAGUAGUGAGUACCAAUGUUAAAUUUUC